GAAAUGACCAGAUUGAGAAGCCUCAACAGACAGCUCCAGAUAAAUGUUGACUGUACACUGAAAGAAGUUGAUCUCCUUCAAUCAAGAGGAAACUUUGAUCCAAAAGCUGCAUGUAACUUCUAUGAUAACAUAGAGCCUGGUCCUGUUGUGCCACCAAAGCCAUAUAAAAAGGAGCAACAAACCAGCUCCAAACAGACUCCACGGACUCAACCAAGAGAUGAAGACUUUGAAGGGGCUCCAUGGAAUUGUGAUAGCUGUACCUUUCUAAAUCACCCAGCACUAAAUCGCUGUGAGCAGUGUGAAAUGCCACGAUACACCUGAAAAUCAGGAAGGGGCUGCUUUGGGUUGAAAACAGGCUCUCAAGCUGAUAGCUGUAGGAGAAGGAAACAUGUGGAACCUUUCAGUCCAUCUGCCUGGCCUUUGCCAGUCAACAAUCUUUGUACUGCAAGGAAUGGGAGUAAUAUGUUAAGAUGUUUCUGCUUGUGCUACACUGAAAGUAAGGGUGAAGUUCUGUCUUAUCCCAUUGCAGUGAGCAAAGCAGAAAAUGGAACCUGAAAAUGUAAAAGGAUUAAUUUUGGGAAGAAUGUAUACAGGAAAGCAAAUAACUACUGGUGUUUAGUCCUGUGGUUAUAGUUCUUGCUUAGUGGCUCUAAAAAACCCCAACAAUUUAAAAGAAAAAGAAUUAUAGAACUUCUAGUAAUGGUGUGAAAUGUUACACUUAUCCAGAAAAACUGAAGAGCCAGAGCUGACUCAACCUGGCCACAGCUAGCUGGAAAACAAAGGCUCCCUGUGCUUCUAGGUUGUAAGCUACUGAAAAGGAAGACAGGUAAAUGCAAUGAUAAAUUUUGCAAUGUAUAAAAAA